GAAAGAGAGAUCCAGGAGGAGCUAGCGGAGAUGGCGGACUGGGGUCCGGUGGUCAUCGCGACGGUGCUCUUCGUGCUGCUCACGCCGGGGCUGCUCUUCCAGCUGCCGGGGCACGGCCGGGUCGUGGCCUUCGGCAGCAUGCACACCAGCGGCCUCGCCAUCCUCGUCCACGCCGUCAUCUACUUCGCCCUCAUCACCAUCUUCCUCAUCGCCAUCGGGGUACACAUCUACGCCGGAUAGCUACCUGCUUCCACAUCUCUUCCUUCCUCGCCGGCAGCCCAGUCUGUGUCCGUCUCUACUUCACUAUUACUAUUGUGUUGUUGUACGGUGUAGCUUCUAUUGCCUCUUGCUAGUAGCUGGCCAGAAACAGAAUCGAUCUACAGCUGGAAUAUGGUUUGUCUGUUAGACGGCUGCAAAUUCAUUUCAGAUGUCAUGUUUUCUUCGGUUUCA